AUGCCUUCCUUCGGCUCAUUCCUCAAGAAGAAGCGGACAAAGGAGGGCAGCUCUGACCCCUCAGCCAAAGCCAGCACCAGCACCAACACCAGCACCAGUAACGGCAAUAGCUUGAGCGCUGCCCACCCCACCAGCCCCGUCGCACCCACGCCGGGCUCGAGGCACUUGGACUCGACACAGCCGCGAGUGACGCCCGGGUCGAGCACGAGUGCCACAGGUCCAGCUCCAACAGCUACAGGUCCAGCGGCUACAGGCGACAGCAAUCACUUCCCAGGUGCUCUAGGCCCAGGUCCAGGUCCAGGCACCGUCGCCGUCUCGCCUGGCUCCAUCUCGCCGUCCGCAUCCACUCCAGCUCCCAUUCCCGCCUCCGCACCCGCGUCCUCCACGCCAGCUCCUGCGCCGGGCUCGACUUUGACCUCGACAACCUCGCCUCUGCCAGCCUCGGAUCAACAAGCCUCAACUCCCGCUCCCUCUCUUGCCGUCGCCGCCGCCGCCGCCGCUGUUGCCGCGCGAGACCCGGCCACGGCCGCUCCUCCCACCGCUGCUCCUGAUUCGGACCGCCAGCCAGCCAUGAAUCCCGUCAACGUUCAGCCGCCUCACUCGUACGCGCCGGGCCACGACUCGCAGAACCUCCCCAGCAUCAGCAACCUCAUCAAUUCGCCCCAGAAUGACGGCUCGACCAACGGCUACCCCCCCUCGCCGUAUCAGAACACCGCUGCCGUAGGCUCCCAGAUGGCCGACCACAAUGCCCAGCUGCAGCAACAGCAGCUCCUACAGCAGCAGCAGCAACAACAACAACAACAACACUUGUCGUCGGAAAUGCAGCUCGAUCCUCCUCAUCAGCAACAGCAACAGCAGCCGCAACAACAACAACAACAACAACCACCCCAACAGCAGCAGCAACCUCAACCCCAACAACAGCAACAGCAACAACCCCAGCAGCAUCACCAGAUCCACCACGGCCACAGCGCAUCGCUAUCCCAGCCCCGCGUCACCAAGGGCAAGUAUUCGCUCGGCGACUUUGAGAUCCUGAGAACGCUCGGCACCGGUAGCUUCGGCCGCGUUCACCUGGUCCAGUCCAAGCACAACCAGCGCUUCUACGCCGUCAAAGUGCUCAAGAAGGCCCAGGUGGUCAAGAUGAAGCAGGUCGAGCACACAAACGACGAGCGCCGCAUGCUGAGCGACGUCAAGCACCCGUUCCUCAUCACCCUGUGGGGCACCUUUCAAGACUGGAAGAACCUCUACAUGGUCAUGGACUUUGUCGAGGGCGGCGAGUUGUUUUCGCUGCUAAGAAAAUCCGGGCGGUUUCCCAACCCGGUCGCCAAAUUCUACGCCGCCGAGGCCACGUUGGCAUUGGAAUACCUGCACUCUAAAAACAUCAUUUACCGCGAUUUGAAGCCCGAAAACUUGCUGCUGGAUCGGCACGGACACCUGAAAAUCACCGAUUUUGGCUUCGCGAAGCGGGUGCCGGACAAGACGUGGACGCUCUGCGGAACACCAGAUUAUCUGGCUCCUGAAGUGGUCUCUAACAAGGGCUACAACAAGUCUGUAGACUGGUGGUCUCUUGGAAUUUUGAUAUACGAGAUGCUUUGCGGUUACACGCCGUUCUGGGACAGCGGCUCUCCCAUGCGCAUAUACGAAAACAUCCUCAAGGGCAAGGUCAAGUACCCGGCGUAUAUCAACCCGGAUGCCCAGAACCUGCUCGAGCGGCUCAUCACGGCAGACUUGACCAAGAGACUGGGCAAUCUGUUUGGAGGCUCACAAGACGUCAAGAACCACCCGUGGUUUGCAGAAGUCACGUGGGACCGGUUGGCGCGCAAAGACAUUGAUGCUCCAUAUACGCCGCCAGUCAAGGCUGGAUCCGGCGAUGCCAGCCAGUUUGACCGAUACCCCGAGGACCCUGAAAAGUACGGGGGUCCGGGCGGUCAUGAUGAGUGA